GAAGGGGGGCAGCGCCGCGCGUUUGUCCGUGUGUCCCCGGCUCCCCGCCCCGCUCCGCCCCGCGGGGCACGGCGCCCGGAUGUGGGGCCUUUCCGGGGGCGAGGCCCGCUCGCCGCUGCCCCGCCCCGCCGGGUGCCUCGCCGCCGCGGCUGCCCCAUGGAGGCCGAGGCCGAGGUGCGGCUCCUCUUGCAGGAGGCUCGGGAGAGCAUCGAGGCGGCGCGGAGCUACCGGCGGGAGCUGGAGCAGCGGCUGCGGGGGCUGCAGCAGGCGCGAAAGCAGAUAAGAGAAAGCGCAACAUUGACCAGAGAUGUACUUGAGCAACAUUUUAAUGAUUUAAAAGGGACCCUAAAGAAGCUGCUGGAUGAACGACUGAUGUCACUGCUGCAGGAAGUAGAUGCUAUAGAACAAGAGAGCAUCAAACCCUUGGAUGAAUGCCAGAAACUAAUAGAGCACGGGGUCAGUACAGCCGAUGAACUGCUCCGCGAAGGAGAGAGUGCAGUCCAUGGAGAUGUGGGACCACAGAAUGAGAAACUUUGCAGCUUUACAAAAAAAGCUUUACAUAUUCAGCUAGAUAGCUUACCAGAAGUGCCCUCCUUGGUUGACGUGCCUUGUUUAUCUGCCCAGUUGGAUGACUUCCUUCUUACUAUAUUGAAAAAUCAAAUAUUCAGACAUGGAACUGUGGCAUCUCGCCCACCUGUACAGCUAGAGGAAUUUGUUGAGAAGCCUGGAGGUAUUUUAGUCCGAUGGUGUAAGGUGGAUGAUGACUUCAUACCACAAGAUUACCGCCUGCAAUACCGUAAGAGUACUGCCAGUCAUUUUGAAGAUGUAUAUGUCGGCUCAGAGACAGAGUUCAUGGUGCUGCAUAUCGAUCCUAAUGUUGAUUACCAGUUCAGAGUCUGUGCCCGAGGAGAUGGACGGCAGGAGUGGAGCCCGUGGAGUGUUCCGCAGAUCGGCCAUACCACUCUGGUUCCUCACGAAUGGACAACUGGUUUGGAGGGUUACAGCUUGAGCAGUCGAAGAAACAUAGCGCUUCGAAAUGAUUCUCAGUCAUGUGGUGUGCUCUACUCCAAAGCUCCUACUUAUUUCUGUGGGCAAACAUUAACAUUCAGAAUUGAAACUGUGGGACAGCCAGACAGACGAGACAGCCUAGGAGUGUGUGUGGAGCAGCAGAAUGGCUAUGAUUCUUUGCAGCGGGAUAAAGCUGUGUGCAUUAGCACAAACGGGGCAGUAUUUGUAAAUGGAAAAGAGAUGACAAACCAACUGCCUGCGGUUACUUCUGGAUCGACCGUGACGUUUGACAUGGAAGUUGUGCAGUUAGGGCCUUCCAGCAAUGAGGGAGGAAACUUCAAGCUUCGAGUAACCAUUAGCUCUAACAACAGAGAAGUGGUCUUUGACUGGGUACUUGAUCAAUGCUGUGUCUCUUUGUAUUUUGGAUGUUCAUUUUCAUACCCAGGCUGGAAAGUUUUGGUGUUUUAGUAAUGAGUGAAGGGAUUUUUGUUCUUGAUAUAAAGUCUAAUGUUAAAACCUGGAUUUCCAGCUGUUCAAUAAUCUGUUAAAAGUGUCUUUAUACUACUUGAACUCCACUAUAUUGUACUUCCUACUGGAUUCAUUUAAAAAAUAAUUGUGAAAUGUUGGAUUUGUUACUCUGGAAAAAGCUAGAAACAGGCAUUUGCAUAGGCAAAUUAAUUUAAUAAGUCCAUCAGACCCUUCUCUUUUUUCCUCCAGACUUGAGUUUUUCCAGUAUUUCAUUGUACUCUAGUCUCAGGGUACGUGUGUUGUGUAGAAUUAACUUUGCUUAAUGCUGCUGUUCUGUGAAAUAAGCCUGUAAGCAUUUAGGGAAGUGGAGGGAUGGUAAUGGACCAAAGUUUUAUUUAUGCCACUCAAAAAAAGCAAAGUAGUUAGAGCCAUGAUGUCCUGCUGUGCUUGUUUGUACACAAUGCUGCCUUAACAGUAUGAAUGGAUAGUGGCUUCUGUGUGCAACAGCCCUUCCUUCCAUGCAUGGUACUGUUCAUUCCUCUGAGCAAGGACAUCUGAGCCAUAAUGUCUGUUUAAAUAUGUAGCCGGUCUGUUUAUGUCUCACUUAAGUGCCUUAUUUCCAGGUAUUUCUUGAACUGUUUUCUGUGUGUGUUGUCACUUGGAAUACAUUUUCCAGAGUAGUUGCAUGGUGAUGCUUACAUCAACUAAAUGCAGAUGCUUGCCUCAAACUAGACCAAUACCUAGAGUAGGACAGUUUUCCUUACGCGCUGACUGUCUUCCCUAGUUAUAAUUCACCAUGUAGCCUGUAUCAGAGCAACUCUUAGCAAUUUAGUACUUGGGCAUGACAUGCAGAGUGACAGCCCUGAUUCUUCACAGAGCCCUCCUAAGACUUCAGACAACCUUCUUUCUGUUGUCUCUGGUGGUGGACAAGGGCAGUGCUAUUUCAAUGUGCAGGACUCCUGAAAAGCCCAGAUAAUACCUGGACACACCUUCCAGUCCCAGGCCCUAGUGCUGGUUUAUGGGCUGAGCCCUGGGGCCGGACUAGGCAGGCUGGGACUGCUGCUGGAGACCCACUGUGGGAGAGAGGCUUUGGGUAUGGGCUUACAGCAGACCCCACUGGCACAGAUUUAGCCCACAGCAGUCAAAAUGAAGCAGAUGGUAGUAAUCUAGCACUCUCCUCCAUGUAAUAGAAUGAGAUAAGAAAUUAUGAUGAAUUGACUUUGAAUUCAGAAGCUACAUAAAAUUACCUAUAUUUCCCCUAAGGGACAACUAAGAUUUAGAAGGAGCUUAUCAGAGAGCCUAUUCCUGGUCAAGAUUGCAAUACUAUUGGAUUUAAAGAAUAUUUAAAAGUAAUGUUUACUGAGGGCCUUCUUACCUGAAGUUCAAUUAAAAUUAAAGAUAUUUAGCAUGCUAGAAUAGCAAUAUUUUUAUAAAACCUAGACAAUCAUUCUACCCUUCUUCUUUCAGUGUCAACAUGCUACAUUAGCCCUCUGUGCUAGCAUAAAAAGCUUAAUUUACAUUGGAUUAAUAUCCCCCAUACUCAUGUUGCCAGUACGAAAAGAUUAGUUAACCUGCCUGCGUUUUUUUCCCCAAGCAUCUGUAGUAGGGAUACAAGAAUUUCAGAAGAGGAGAAUGGCUGUUGGUAUUUAUAACAUUUACAAGGAAAAAAACCCUUAUGAGUAGAUUCACAUGGAUGCAAAGAACUUGCACAUGGCAGUUAAGUUGUAAUUUACUCUAAGACAUGAAGUGAGGAAGACUGGACACCUGCAAGUAAGAUUAUCAGUGUUAGCAACAAAAAGCCUGCAGUAUUCUCAGUUUUUCAAGCUUAACUAUUUCAGUGUUAGGGAGUAAGAGAAUACUAGCUUAUCCUGCACUUUCAGUGUUCCUUUGAAUUAUCCUGUGAAGUAUUUUCUAUAUAUUAAAAAAAUGGUUCUUUUCCUGUAGCCAAGAAGGUUCAGUGAAUGAUCAAACAGUACCAGUCCCGUUUAGAGGAUCAGGUUAGCACUCCAGCUAGCAGCUGACUUAAAUCUUGCUCCACUCAGUAGUGCUGCUAAUUUUACUUACACACUUCAGGUGCCAGGUACUUGUAACUUAGUACUUCUACCCUAUGGGAACUAAAAUUGUGAAUAUCUGCACUUCUGAGGUACUGAUGGGUCAGGUACCUUUUCAUCUGCUUUUGGAGGAGCUAAUCAGACUUGUUUCUGCAGGAUAUUUACUUGCAUAUUAGAAAAUAAAGCUUAAGCUUUCAAUUCAGGUACUUCCAGAGAUGGUAAUGCCAUGUCAGUUUGCUCAGAAUAUACAUUCAAAGCAGCUUAAGAUGACUGUGAAGGGCCCCAGGAGGCCCCUACUGCCCCCUUUGAGACCUGAGGAUGCCAAUAGAAUAAAGUUUUUCUGACCUCAGGCUUUAGCUGUAUGUUGAACAAGGGCAGCUUGCCAAGGUUGUGUUGUGUUUGUUUUUUGUUUUUUUUUUUUUUUUUUUUUUUCAAACUUAGCAUAAGUCUAGCUGUCCAAAUUGCAUAUUAGGUACUGUUCAGCCACCUCUUAGAGCUGCACCUUUUAAACCUGAGGAGUCUCAGGACAAGAGUCCUAAGUAACAAAGUGUGCAAAGAAUCAGAGGCUUGAAUUAAAAACGUUGAAAUUCUGUUCUUCCACAGUGGGGUUCAGCUAGGUAGAAAACUUGACGCUUUAGUUUUUCACCUCUAGCUCUUGGAGCCUUGCAAGCAACACAGUGUUAACUGCUUAUGAAAUCCAAUCCUGAAAGUUGUUUUCUUAAGCUAGUACAUUCACUUACCUCAACUAAGCUUUGUGUCAAGUGAAAUUUGAAUUUUUUAAAAUAAAGUUUUAUCCCUCAA